AUGUCCUUCUUCGCAGCACCCAGCAGCAACGUCACGGGCGCCAACAACAUCCCUCCCCCCGCGAGCGACGAGGACAAGAAUGCACCCGCGCCUGAUGCCGCGACACGCAUUGCCGAUUUCGUCAGGGAGGACCCCAUUGCGCUUUACACCUUCGACUCGCGUGUAAUCCGCGACGAGCACGGCGAGCAGUCACAGCAGAAGAUCACCGAUCUCUGCCGGCGGCGGCGGGACGGGAGCCAGAGCUGCGUCAAGGUUGCGGCCGAGAGCAAGGCGCUUUUCAAGAUGAUGCAGACGCUUGGCUUCUACUGCGCGCUCCCCGCCCAGCCCACCGAGACGCACAUGGAGUGCCGCAUGAUCAUGCGACCCUCGUAG